CAAAGUAGCGGUACUCUUACUGCAGCUCGUGCGAGCGCGUGUGUGUGUGUGUGCGAGAGUGCGCGGUGUGCGUGUGUGUGUGUGUACGGUGGGGCAGCCUUAAAUCACGUGCAUACAAAAAAAAGAAGCACGGCAUUUAUUUACCUUUGGAUGCCACUAUAAAAGCAAACAAAAAACAGGGGACGCCGACGCCCAGGUUCGCUGUAAUUCAAAGUUAGUAAAUGCUAAACAAUCCCUUGCGUGCAUGCACAAGUUUUUUGGUUCUAAUCAAUACUUGGCAGACGGUCAUUUGGGUUUAAUUGCCUCAAGAAAUAGGCCCGCAAAACUCUGGAGAACCGAGAAUAACAAUAAUAACACCUGCAAAAAGACCAUGACGGCCAAGAGCGAUAAAGAUAUUCUGGCCAACUCCAUGUACGAGGAUGACCCCAAUGGCAACUCAGCGCCCGCCGCCACAGAUGACCAGGAAUCGGCCCAGCCGGAUGAACUGAAGGUCACCUCAUGUGCCGUAGCCACAUCAUCGCCUGGUGCCGCCACAAUAACUUCGACUUCUCCGCGCUGGGGACCCCAGAAUAAGGGCGCCCAGGAACUAGCCUCUUUGUACAGUCCAGGCAAGCGUGCCCAGGAAAUCAUUUGCGUCUACACUUGCAUUGGCCUCAUGAUUAUCAACCUGGCCUUAAUUGUCAGGCACUUGCGUUUGGAACGGAUAAGUGUGGCUUUUCUAUCUGCUUUAUGUGGCAUAAUAACGGCCGACUUUGCCUCUGGUUUGGUCCACUGGGCGGCAGAUACAUGGGGAUCCGUGGAUUUACCCAUGAUUGGAAAGAACUUCCUGCGACCUUUUCGAGAGCAUCAUCUGGAUCCCACUUCGAUAACGCGUCACGAUUUCAUUGAGACAAACGGCGACAAUUUUAUGGUUGGCAUACCGAUCCUUGGCUAUUUGGCUCACUACUUCUACAUCAGGACGCCGAGUGAGAUUCAGCAGCAUUUCGGCUGGAUAGCCUACGUGUUCCUUUGCUCCAUUUUCGUGGCCAUGACCAAUCAGAUACACAAAUGGUCGCAUACCUACUGGGGAUUGCCCAGGUGGGUCCUGUUACUCCAGAGCUGUCACAUUAUCCUGCCACGCAAGCACCACCGCAUCCAUCAUGUGGCACCGCAUGAGACGUACUUUUGCAUCACCACCGGCUGGCUAAAUUGGCCCCUGGAACGCAUCAGAUUCUGGUCAACAUUCGAGAUUAUUAUCGAGCAUUUUACAGGUCUCAAGCCCCGCGAUGAUGACCUGAAAUGGGCCAAGAAACUCACAUAGAUUCGCCGGCCAGCGACUGUAUAUAGGAAACUUGGACCAAGCAGCCUUAACUCGCUGAAAGUCAUCUUCAAAUGUUAUCAUAUUAUCGAAAUGUUUUGCACAACGAAGUUGCUUUAAACGAGAGCAGAUUAGAUACUUGUAAAGUCAACUGAGCGAAUGGCAUACAUAGUUAUCAGUUGCAUGUUUGUUAUAAAUAGUUAAUUAUUUUAGUUUAAGUUAGUUUUUUUUAUAUAGAUGUAUAUCUAUUAUACACCUGCACACACUC